CUAAAUACAAUUAGCCGGUCAGAUGACAAGAUCCCCGCUCUGGUGGCUUGCCAAGUGUAGAAAGACUAUUACCACUAAAUAAAGCUAAAACUAUGAUGUUGUUUAAGAAGAAAUAGGAGAAAGGGGCACACGAAAGCCUUUCAGUGAUUUCAGCCUUGACUAAGGAGGGGAUCAUGUCUUACAGAAGAACAGCAGACUUCCCAGAAGCGAGAAGGAUGACAUCUUUGAAUGUCUGUGUAUGCCACGGCAGCUCAGGAAGAUUUCACAUAUGGUUACGUGAAGCAGCCAUGUAACCUUCGAGAAUCUUGGCAUGCACUGCGUAGUGCACAUCCAUUAAAGUAGCUCUUUCAUUUUGCACUACUUGUUUUUUUCCUUCUGAGCGAUCUAAGGCGGUCGGAAUUUUUCAGCUGGGUUCUUUCCAUAGUGAGAGCUGGCUCUGCCCUUCCUGCUUUUAUUAGCAAUGCUGCAGGAUGCAUCUCUUGCAAGCCUGAAAUGGCUGGGAGGAUUCAAGCCUUCUCUGCAUUCUGUGCUGCUGUCAGUAUGUAAAUACCCUGCUUGACAUUAUACGGUGCAGCUCAGUAUCUAAACAUUGCAUCGUCAUUUUACAGCCUGUAUUAUAAUCGGCGUCUCAUGCAAAAAAAAAUAAUGCCAGCUCUGAAAAGUCAUCGAGAGCAUAUUGCAACCAGAUGGUAUUAAUCUUGCUUUUUAAUCUUGUGUUAUAUUUACUCAGUUAAAUAAUGUAUGCUGUAUUGUUAAUUAAUGUGAAUAUCAAAUUAAAGAGCUUGAAAACUAAUAUGCUAGCCAUGCAGGUAGGAUUCGGAACGGAAAAAAGAAAUCUAUUUUUAACUCUUGCGUAGCACUGUAGCUUGCGGAAGUCGUGAGGAAAAGGUUGGACCUCCAGGGGAUGUGAAAAGUGGCCCUUUGCAGUGGUCAGUCUGCGACCCUUUACACUAAAAAGCUGCAGAUCUGUGGGCUGCAUAAUGGAGAAAACCCGGAUGUGGAUUAUUAUUGCUGCCACAAUCCGUUCCCUGAUGGCAAAUCCAUUUCUCAUGAAUACGAUCCAUCCGAGCUGCUUUCCAGCUGAUUUUACCAACGACAGCUUCUCAGAACCAUGAAGCGAAGACCGAAUUUAAUGGUUUAUUUUUACCUCCGACUGCGCAACAUACAAGAGGAUUGAAUGUAUAUUCUAAGUUAACACUUCCAUAAGUGAUUCGUACAGGGGUCAAUCCAGGAAUGUCAUUAAUUGCCUAUUUUGGAAUCACAAGAUUCUCAAUACAGAAAGCAAAUAAUAAGGGUAUCAAGAGACGCCUUUACCGAGUUCCUUGAUAAAAAGGAGAGCUUAUUUACCAGUUGGGAAAUCCAGAAGUAGAACAGAGUUCUGAAUCUGGUAUUCCAGGCUGCCAAUUACAAGGAUUAAAAUGUGCAGCUCAGAAGACAUAGUGGACUGUUUCCACAGUGACACAUUGCUCUGUUGUUUAAAUGAGCAACGCAUGCAAGGAGCCCUCUGUGAUGUCACCAUUGUGGUUGAAGAUACAAAGUUCAAAGCACACAGGAAUAUCCUGGCAGCAUCCAGUUUGUAUUUCAGAAAGCAGUUUCUGAAUCAAGGCAUUUUAAUCCAGGGACAUGUGUUGGAACUUACAGACUUUAAAGCAGACACAUUUACAGAGAUACUGAAUUAUAUUUAUAGUUCUAAGAUUGCAGUGAAGAGAAAAGGAGCACUAAGAGAUAUUGCAGAUGCUGGGAAAAAACUGGGAAUAGCAUUUUUGGAAAACAUAAAAAAUGCUAAUUCAAGCUGCAAAAGAUCUUCAUUGCCUACUGCUGUCAGCUCCUCACAAACAGAGAAAAGACUGCCGCCUAUUUUGUAUCGGGAUGACAAUAGUAUGAAAUCAGAGACUUUGGAAAAAAAGGCAGACGAUCUAGCCAUAGCCAACGGACCUAGAAUUACCAAUGCAUUUUCCAUUCUAGAAACAGAAGUUUGUGGUUUUUCACCAUUGGAUCUGAGAGCAAAUUUUAAAAAGACAACAGGCUACACACAAGAAAUGAAUGGUAGAGAUCAAUGUGAGAAUGGAGUAUGCAAUGAUAGCGAACCAGUAAAUACUCUGGCUGAGCACUCUUAUGCUGUAUCUUCAGGGGAUCUUCUGUAUAAAAGGGAUUCAAGGACUGAAGAAAGAUCAAUGCCUUUUAUUGUUCCUACAAUGCAAGAGGCACUUCCAGCUAGUAGCAUGCCUGUGCUUGAACCCCAAUGUGUUAUACCACAAACUACAAUACAAAGUUGUAAUUCUAGCAAUGUAAAGAGCAUGAAUUGCCCAGGUGUCAAGGAUCAAGAAAGUACUUCAGAUUUCUACAAAGACAAUAAAAACGGGGUGGCACAGCUUCCAUCAAAUAAUUCACCUGCCAACCAGUCCUUUCAUGAUCCAUCUUUGCUGUAUCCACUCCCUAAAAAACACCAAGAGAUAUUUAACUGUAAAAACUGCAGCAAAGAGUUCGCUCAUUUGAAACGACUGCAGCGACAUGAACAAAUUUGCUUUAAGAUGGUGCCGACUGAUAAAGAUACCAAGACAACAGACAGUCUUUCAGGGGAUACUACAUUAGAAAAAUCAAGUUCUUCUUUAGAUCAAAUAUCUGACCAAAAUUCUCUUCCAAAUAUUAUCACUCCUGGAUCAGACCAUUUUGUAAAAAUUGUAGAUGGUAAGAUUUUUUAUGUGUGCAUUGUUUGCAAGCGGAACUAUGUUACUCUUUCAAGUCUUCGACGACAUUCAAAUGUCCAUUCAUGGAGGAAAUCAUAUCCAUGUCAUUACUGCAACAAAGUCUUUGCCUUAGCUGAAUAUCGUACUAAACAUGAAAUCUGGCACACAGGUGAUAGGCGAUAUCAGUGUAUAUUUUGCUUAGAAACGUUCAUGACUUAUUAUAUCCUUAAAAAUCAUCAGAAAUCUUCCCAUGGAAUUGAUCCAAGAAUGGGAGUGGUCAACAAAACUGCCAAUAGAGGGCUGAAACCUAGCAUUUAUCCAUACAAGCUUUAUAGACUUUUGCCUAUGAAAAAUAAAAGAAUGUCCAUGAAAACUCCUGGAAAUGACACUCCUGCGAACACAGGAAUACAUUUUCAAGGUCAUAGUUCCUUUAACGCAGCAACCAUUGUUCAGAAUUCAUUAGAAUCUCAGACUUUUAAUUUGGAAAGCCAUGAGAACUUGCCUUGCACUUCUGAUAUACCACAAAAUAUUUCAAGCUCAAACAUAAACCAGAAUACAUGGCCAUUUGAAGUUUCACAGUCUGAAAAUAUAAACACACUGCCUGAAAAGAAAGAUAAUUCUCCUCUACAUAAUGCCAGCUCAGCUCCCAAAGGGUGUAAUGCUUUAGUCAGUUCUUCUGGUAAUGCAACCCAAUGUGUGCCCUCUGUUAUUAACUGUACCAGCUCUGCACCUUCUGUGAUAAUGCACAGCAGUAGAACAUCUUCUGUAAUAAUGCAUGGAAAUUCAGUAACAGCAACAUCGUCAACAAAUGGGGUAAAUUGGUACCAUGAAAAAACCAUUGUGUCUCCAAAGAGGGAUAGUAGUUCUCAAGACACUAGUAAAGGAGUAGCAGAUUCACAAUCCAUGAAAGAGAUUAGUUCUGAAGACAGCCAAGCUAGAGAUGUCCAGCAAGAAGAACUAGACUUAUUUUCUCCUGUCCCUUCAAAGAAGAGCAAAAGUGUAAUCAAACAUGGAAAUAAAACAGAAACAUACAUAGCCAAACCAGCCUUACCCGGAACUCUUGUGAACAGUGGAAUUGCUCCUCUUUGCAAAAUCACUGUAAAAAUUGGAAGUGAAGCUUUGGUAAACCGUCAAAUCUCUGGAUCAUCACUGUUUUUUAGGAAAAGUGUGCGGCCAAAACAUUCAAAGUCAAGAGCAGACAAAUCAAAUCAAAAUUCUGAAGAAGAGGGGAAAGAAAGAAGCUCUAGCCGACUUCGAAAAUCAGAUUCUGCAAAGAUGGAAGAAAUGUGUGAUGAUCUCAGUGACCAAGAUGUGUCUGACAAACCAUGGCGGCCAUAUUACAACUAUAAGCCCAAGAAAAAAUCCAAGCACUUUAAGAAAUUUAGGAAGCUAAAGAAAAGGAGAAAACACAGCAAUAAGAGGUCAGAUGUGGAAAAUCAAGAAGAAGCAGACAUUAAAGAUAUUUCAAGGACUGUAAUUGAAGAGAGUGAAGAUGGCAAGGAAGAAAAUCUACAGACUGCUGAGUAUACGGAAAAUUCAGCUGCAGAAGACAUUGAUGUCUCCGACUGGCAGCUAGCCACUAAGCCUUGUUUUUGUGAACUUUGUCAAAAGUCAUUUCGGAAUCCAUCAACUUUAAAGGUUCACAUGCGUUGUCACACAGGAGAGAAGCCCUACACAUGCAAAAUUUGUGGAAAGUGCUUCUCAUUCCCUGGAAAUCUAAAUAAACAUGAACGCAUUCACAUGGGUGUGAAAAACUUUAUGUGUCAAUAUUGUAGUAAGUCAUUUAUGUUAAAUGAAACCUUAAAAAAGCAUGAGAGGAUCCAUACAGGAGAAAAACUGUAUGGCUGUCAGUUCUGCCCACAGCAAUUCCUGAAUGUCUGCACAAAAAAUAACCAUGAGCAAAAGCAUCAAACAGAACGCAGUGUUAAAGGUUUUGUUUGUAUCCAGUGCUCUAAAAUUUGCAAAACUGCAGCAGCUCUAGGAAUGCACCAGAAGAAACAUUAUCUAAGGAGUCUGAAGCGAAAGGAACGGAAAGAAAUUGCAGCAGCGGAGAGCUGGGGGGCAUCUACGAGUACUCCAUGCAAAACGAUGGAUAUAACAAAGACUAGUGGAGUCACAAAUGUGCCUGAAAGUGUUGUUGUUCCCUUUGAAGGCAAAGAAACUCCAUUACUGUCAUUCAAUGGUGGUAUUGGAGACAGGUCCCCCCAAAAUGUAGGUAACACUCAUAUUGAUGAGGGCUUAGCACCAGAAGAGCUGCCUGAAAGCAGACUUGAGACUGCAUCAGCAAUGCCACCAGUGGCUGAGUAUGGCACUGUCCUAAUGGAGGUUCCAAAAGGCUGGAAGCACUGGAAAACACGACACUAUAGUUUAGAGGAGGGUAUGAACUCUGACAAUUCUUCCACAAGAGAGUGCACAAAGACUUUUACUGAAUUAAAGACAAUGACAAGCUUUGACCCCUUUGUUCCUUAAGGUGGUGAAGCACAAACCAAACCAAUUAUGUGAGUUGUAGGAGAUACAGCUACAUAUUUGUUAACCUGUUUUUGCCACUUGCUUCCCUUGGGCAUCAGCCAAGUCUGUAAUGUAUUGUAAAACAGUGCUUUAAAGAUGGCUCUAAAAUCCAAGUAUUUUAAGUAAUUAUUAGA